AUCUGCCCGAUACAAAAGCUGGGGAGAAAUCUCAAGUCAUCUAUGACAUCAAGAUCAAGAUCAAGGUAAACAGGUGGCACGUGUAUGGACGUUCGUGGGUGAUCGCACGUGUUGGAGGGCAGCGUGCUGGUGCCGCGGGGAGAAAUCACACAAUGGAGCCUGUAGUGGAUGCAAUAAUUGUUUCAUCUCUUAAUUCUGGAACGGAGUGUCUUCAGGUAUAUGAUAGUGCCACAGGGACCCAACUCAAGAGCUAUAGAGGACUACCAGCUGCUUCUUCAUCCUUAUGUUCAGUAGGCCAUGCAGCUUAUUUGCUGACAGCACAGAGAGACAAACCAUUCCUGCAGACAUGGUUCAUCCACCAGCAUGAUGUGCAGCAGAUACGGCUGGUUGUCCCUGGCAAAGUGACUGCUAUGGCUGUCAACCCAGUAGGACCAAAGUAUUGCAUUAUAGGUAUUGGUGAAAAGAUAUAUAUUUAUAAACUGCUGUCUGGCCGCUUGAUUGGCAUUGCCAGUCGCCACUACCAGCCAGUCACCCAGUUAGUAUUCUCACCUUGUGGCAACUACUUUGCUUCGUCGGGAGAGGAUGGGUUUGUGUACCUCUGGAGCCUGUCCAGCUUCAUCGAGGCACUGCACAAAGUUCAUGCCCCCCAGCCACAACCACACUUUGUCCUUGGCCAGCACUCAGAUAAGGUCACAGGCUUGGCUAUUACAUCUCCAGGAAUGCGAGGCUUCCUGGUGUCUUCUUCACUGGACCACACUGCUCGUGUGUUUGACUUAGUGACUGGUCGCCCUUUGUACUGUCUAGUGACUGCUGAUGCAGUGACCAGCAUAGCUAGUAAUAGUCUUGGGUCUCAACUCUUCCUUGGUCAUGCUGAUGGCACCGUGAAGGUGGUGGACUUACUUCCACCUCCUCCCCAUGGCGAUGUUGAGGUAAGCCGAAAAGGAGUUUUGUGUCAUGAGAAGAGUGUGCGGCACCUCGCUGUGACACCCUCGGGCAAUCAUCUGAUCACUGGCGGAGACGAUGGGGAGGUGAAGGUGUGGGUGGUGACCAGCAGCACACUGGACACCCCUGAUGCCACCACCACCAGACUGCCUCACCUGGCACACAAGAGAACAGUCCACACUGGCCGUGGACCCAUCACCAACCUGGCCAUAAAGCAGAUCAGUAGAGAGGUACUGAAUGCACCUGAACUGACAACAAAGGAAGUCAUUGCUCCAUUCAGCCAAGAUCACUCCAGCCCACUCAGCUGUCCAGUGACAGUGCCAAUAAAGGGAAGAUCUGCUCCACACCCACAACUUGCUGACAUUUUCCAGCCAGUAGAAUCUAGCCCUCAAGUCUUUGCAUCAGGAGGAGACUCUGAAGCCAGCAAUGAUAUGCUACAUAACACUGUGGAGCAGCUAAAGGUGGCAAAUUCACAACUCUAUGACUUUGCACUCAAGCACAUCAUUGGUGAUUUUGAAGUGUAAGGACACCAACCAGGCUGCCUGUAACAAUCAGGUAAGCACAUCAUCCUUGAAGUGUCACCUGUG